CAUGUAUUCACAGAAGAAUAACGGGCUUUUGAUCGCUUUUCCCUGCUUCCAUUUCGUAUAAAAGCCGAUGCUCCAUUUUCAAGCUUCUUCUUCUCUGGUUCAAUAGAGAGUUGCAGAGUAAGGAAAGAUGUUCUAUUCGCACCAGCUUCUCUCUAGGAAGGUUCCUCUCGGCCAAAUUUGGAUGGCGGCCACACUGCACACGAAAUUUAACAGGAAGAUACUCUACAAGAUCGACAUUAUUCAGAUCUGUGAACAGAUACUGAAUCCAUCGGUUCCUCUGGCUUUGAGGCUCUCUGGAAUACUAAUGGGUGGAGUUGUGAUCGUUUAUGAUCGGAAAGUGAAGCUUCUGCUAGAUGACGUUACUCGAUUUCUGGUUGAGAUCAACACUUCAUGGAAGCCUGAGGAGGUUUCAGACCCCACUCUUCUCCCACCUAGAAAGUCUCAUGCCAAGUUUGAAUCUGUGACUAUUAAAUAUGGUGAUGGUUUGGUUUCUGAUAUUGAGCAAAUACGAUUUUCACAUGCACACUCAAAAACAGCAUACACGCCCUUUGAAGAUUUCAUGCCACUUGACCAACUCGAGAAGAUCAACCUUGCAGAUGAGGAUGAACACCACCACCAUCAAGCCGAUGCCUCUAAUAUCACUCUGCUCGAUGACUUCACCUCCUUUCAGGCCACAACUGACCAGUUUGAGAGGUUUGAUAUGGACGAAUGGGGGGAUGGCCUAUAUGGUACAACCCAUGAUCAAACCAUGCAUGAUCUUCACCUUGGCCCUGAUCAAACCAUGCAUGAUCUUCACCAUGACCCCAACCCUGAAGAACCCCAAGAUGAAGCACAUGCUACCCCACCUCAGCAGCAGCAACAGAUGGAAGUUGAGACAGAGAGUGCUCAUGGUGAACAGGUUGUUCAUGGAGUAGAACAGAGAAGACCACAGAAAAGGAAAGCAAGAGACCAUAGUAAAAUCAUCAUUGAUAAGCAGAUCAUCAUAUCUGGUCAAGUCUAUCAGUCUUGGCUUCAAGACACAUCUGAUAUCCUUGAUAGAAGCUCAAAGAAGAAGGCCACAACUCCAUUGGCAAGCAAGCCCCAGCCUUCCCAAAUCAUCAGCAAGACCAUGGACCUCCCUUUGGUAUCCCUGUUAACUGAUCCUGAAGAUGUUCCUGCUCUCUUAGAUCUGUGGAAGGGUUGCAUUCCACAUCCUGUCAAAGGAAGAGGUGCACCAUGGCCUCAACAAUCACCACAUUCACCCCCACCACUUUCAGACAACAUAUACCCUGAUUUCCAACCUAAUUUUGGUGCAUAUGAUUUCCAGAAUGAGACAGUACAUUCGGCCUUAGAAAGGCAGCGUACAGUUGCAGGAAUAAAUCAGGGUACUGGACCAAUGAGAAAAGAACUCCUUGGUUCAGGACAAACAGGAACAUCAAUAUCUGGCUCUAUAUCUGGGCAAGGCCCACAAUAUGAAGCUGAAGUACUCCCAACACAAGCCAGUGACAUAUCCCAAAGCGAGCAACCAAAUUCUCUAGUGGGCGCUGAUCUUGAUGUGGUGCAUGAGGAGACUUCAUACAAUACCAGUACCCUCAAGAUUGCAGAGAGCCCCAAAAACACGAGUGGACGUAAACAUUUUACGGGUGCUAAAAACCCUGUAGGCAUGGAUGGAGAGUUUAUGGUGGAAACUGCUCCUACACAACAAACACCAGUCCAACCAAACCCUACUAAAUCAAUUGACAGAGUUACCAGCAUAAUCAUGAGGAACCUAAAGGAGCACUUUGAUAAAUCAAACGCUUCAGCAACGCUUACUAUAAACGAGCUCACAAAUGGCAUGGACCGAAGAAGAGCAGCCAAGCUUUUCUACCACACUUUGGUUAUGGCAUCCAACAACUUCAUCAAGGUACAGCAGGCUGAGUGUUAUGGAGAAAUUUUCAUUUCCCAGGGUAACAUGUGAAAAAUGAGUUAAAGAAGUGUGGGCUCAAGCCAUAAUCAAAUCAGAUAGGAAAAUGAUAGAAACAAACAAGUGAGGAGGUCAUAAUACCUCCUUUUCUCCCCUACUACUUGACCUAUCUUUCCCUAAUAAAGGGAUUUUGGGUUCUAUGGGUCAUCUGUUUUCUCUUAUUGUUGUAGUUCAUUUGUUCAAAUAUUUUGGUAUGAAAA